AUGAUGGUCUUCCGACAGGUAACAUAUUUCACGACACUUUUUUUUUCUUUCCUUUUUUCUUUCUCUCGCUUGAUCCCACUCGCGGGUAUUUAUCCAUUACAAAUCGGACGAAAACAAAAUUUCACAUAG